ACACCCCCACAGUUUACCGGCAGGAGAUCUGAGGGUGCCGGAUAUUCAGGGGCAGGCCCGAGCUCUAGGGCUUCAGGUUCACAGUUGGACAGAGGUUCCAGCAGUCAGAUGAGGCCACCCAGACCUUUGUGUUCCUAUUGUGGGAGACAGCACCCGGGAGAGUGUUUCCGAGCUACGGGUGCAUGCUUUGUGUGCGGCCGUCAGGGCCAUCAUAUGAGAGACUGUCCGGCUAGAGGUGGUACAGGCAGUUCAGCUCAGUCUACCGGGUCAGCCGGUGGUUCAUCUUCAGCCUCGGUGGCGAUGCGCCCUGCGGGGCGAGGUACUCCAGCACCAGCAGGCCGCGGCAGGGGUCGUGGCGGAGCUUCGGGUUCUAGCGGUCCUUCGAACCGCAUUUAUGCCUUAGCCAGCAGACAGGACCAGGAGGCUUCGCCUAAUGUCGUCACAGGAUAGAAUCCGAACCGAUAGAGCCUUUUGAGGUAGCUACACCAGUAGGGGAUUCUGUUAUAGCCAGUCAGAUUUAUAGAGAUUGUUCCGUGAUUAUCUGUGGCCGCUGCACUAAGGCGGAUUUGGUAGAGUUAGAUAUGAUCGAGUUUGACGUGAUUAUGGGUAUGGAUUGGCUAGCUUCUUGCUAUGCUAAUGUUGAUUGUCAAAAGAAGAUAGUCCGAUUCCAA